AUGUUGGAAUCAACAAAAACAACGCAACUACCACAGCAACAACUACAACAACAACAAUUACGUCACCAACAACAACCACAACUACAACCACAACUACAACCACAACUACAACCACAACAACAACAAUCACAACUACAACCACAACUACAACUAAAACCACAACAACAACAAUUACGUCACCAACAACAACAACUACGACCACAACAACAACUAAAACCACAACAACAACAAUUACGUCAUCAACAACAACAACCACAACUACAACAAUUACGUCAACAACAACAGCAGUUACGUCAUCAACAACUACCUCAAAAGCGUGCCAAAAGAGCGAUAGUUUUCCCGCCAACUAAACUCUGGCCUAACGCCACCAUCCCAUACACGAUUUCAACAAAAAUAAAGGAAAAAGCGAGGUCGAACAUACUGAGAGCCCAUCAGCAUAUAAUGAACCUUACCUGCAUUCGUUUCAGGGAAAGAGAGCCCUCUGAUGUUAAUUACCUUGGCUACCAAAUAGAUAAGGGUUGCUGGUCAAAAGUGGGUCGUACUGGGGGUCGGCAGGUUUUGAGUCUGGACGAGAGGUGCUCGUACGGAACUGUCCUUCAUGAAAUUCUGCAUUCCGUGGGGUUCUGGCACGAACAGAGCCGUCCAGAUAGGGACAGAUACAUCGAGAUACUGUACGAGAAUGUGGAUAGGACGUUCCUAAAUCAAUUCACCGUGCUAUCGGAGAGCGAAUCGAACUCCCGCGGCUUUCCAUACGAUUAUGAGAGCAUCAUGCACUACGAAAGCACAGCCUUCAGUAACACUUCUAACUCAGACUCUUUAAUUACUAUGCUGGACGAAUCGAAAAAAUUUCUGAUUGGUCAACGAAACGGGCUGAGUGAGUUGGACAUCGCCCAGUUGAACGACAUGUACGAGUGCAAAUACAAAGACGAGUUCAUCAGUUCAGGUGUGGGUGGUUCAGCAUGA